AGCACAUUCCCAUCGUCACAUCAUGAGUGGACGAGGUGCAGGAGGAAAGGGUUUGGGUGUUGGUAUUGGCGGUAAAGGCAAAGGAAAGGGUAUAAAACGAAAGGGACCGUCUGGCAUCAACUUGUCAAAUUAUGGCACACCGAAGCGGCAUAGACUGGUCCUCAGAGAUAAUUUGAAAGGAAUUACAAAACCGGCGAUCAGACGGCUUGCACGAAGAGGUGGUGUGAAGAGAAUGUCGCUGACCAUUUAUGAAGAGGUCCGCAUCGUUCUUAAGAAAUUUCUUACCGGCGUUCUUAAAGAUUCUAUUGCAUAUACGGAGCACCGCCGUGCAAAGACUGUCAACGCCAUGGACGUGGUGUAUGCCCUCAAAAGGCAAGGCCGUACUUUGUACGGGUUCGAUCAGUAGCAAUCUUUGAGAGAAGAGUAUGCUGUAGACAUCACAUAUAAACUCGGGAUGUGAUAGGCGGAUGCUUGCCAUGAGAAAUUCCUUUUGCUUUCUCUAAAGGAUCAAAGUCGGUCCAAUGCGGGUCCGUUUUGUCUUUAGCGAUGUGGAGAACAUUGGCGACUUGAGCAAUUAUUAUGCAGAAAAUUGAGCAUGGCCUUCUUUUGUACAUAUGUAAAUUGAGAUGAUUUUGAAACAAUUCUUACGCAUUUUGGAAGUCA